GGGGUGGCAACAGGAAAUGGGGUGCGGGCUGUAGACCACAGUGGGUGGGGUGGUGCUUCCGUUCCUGUAAGGUCCGCCCCCCGAGCCCCCUCAUCUGCUUCUUGUUUGGCAGAAAUAGCUCUGGGGCACAGCCACUUGAUGAUGGGAAUCUGCUCACGCCAUGCCCUCUGGGGAAGGAAAUCUCGCUCCUUGUGCAGCCUCUCCUUUCCCCUGCGGGGGUGCUGGGGGUGCCAGGGCUCCACCCUCGGCUCGCUGGGCAGAGGGAAGGAAGCACCUCCCUGUAUGCUCUGCAGAGGCCCCUGCAAGGCACUUUGCCUCAGAGGAAGGAGGAGAGGUCCCCUGGGAAACACACACACAUACACACACACACACACACACACACACACACGUGCAGGGGUGCAGCCUAGGUCAGUGGGGCCAGGACUGGCUGCCCAGCUGGGCCUGCCCCAUUCUUGGAGUCCCUGGGGAAUGAGCCUCAGGAUCCACUUCGUCCCCUGUUUCUAAGCCAGGCUGCAUGGCCAUUCUGGGUUUGAAAGCAUUCUGCCCUGUCUCCAGUCAGAGGGAACUGCCCCCAAACUAGAAAGCUAAUUUCCCCUGAAGGUUCGUGAAGCCAGAGGCAUGCCCUUGGGGGCUGGUCGGGGGUGGUGGGGCCGGGGUGAGAGGCGGUGCCGUGGAAGGGGCCUGGCCCCUGCUGCCUGCGGACUCUCCCCGGGUGUGCGGCCUUCUGCCUCCCUCAGGUUCAGUUUCCAGCCUGUAACGAGAACAACGAUGCCUGCCUGCCCAGGCCACCUCCUGGGACUGCAGUGGGGACUCUUAAGUGUAAAACUGUCAUGAGGAUGGUUUAUGAAGUCCCAGGGACCACACCUGCACUCAGGGAAGAGACCGCUGACCUCAGCCAUCAGCCGUGUGCAUCGUGAGGGGCGGCGAGCUCAGGACGGAGAGCUCUCCCCUGGUUCGGAGUCAGCACACCUGCACUCCCUUGCACACACCCACCCAGCUGUGUGUCCUCCACCAAGGGCGAGCCUCUCUGUGACUCUUCUGUAAAAUGCACCCCGUUUUGCCCACUCGUGCCAUGAGACACAUCCUCAGCCAUCCCGCCAGGCAUGAGCGCGUGAAUGCACGUGCAAAGCUCUCCACCAGAAGGGUGGUGUGGGCCCUGCAGGUCCUACCCCUCGGCCUUGAAGCUCCCUCAGGCUGCAGACUCUGGCUUCCCGGGUCUGAACAUUAGAACCGGGAAAGGGGUGUCCCUGAGCAGAGCCAGGAGUGCAAACAGCCUUCAGCCGUCUGGCCUUUUAAGUAUAUUGUGUUGCGUUUCCAGGUAGGAAGGUAGCAUUUCAAGUUCCAGGAGAGAUUGAGUCACGCAGCCAUCUUUCCCCCAGCACUUUCGGGGUAAGAAGGACAGUUUUUCUUAUGGUUUAGGGGAAAUUUUCAUGAAAUUUCCACCAUUACCAAUAGAUUACUGAUGUCCAUGGCAAGUGAUCUGUUCUUGGUAUUUUGUUUUGUUUUGGUUUGGUUUUUAAAUGUAAUCGCCCAUUGGUCAGGCCCAGGACUGGUCACCAUGAGCUCUGCUAGCCACGGCCCCAACAAUGCUUCCGGCUCUCAUGGAUUCCACAGCAAAUAAAACUGUCCUGAAAACAGAUGCACGCUGUACAGUGCCUCUAGAAGGUCCGGUGGGACUUGCUGGCUCGAAGCACGGCAGGCUCUGUGCUGGGCAAAGAGGGCCCCAUGGCAGCCCAAGGGCAGCCUGCAGACUCCAGUGUGCCCUGCUUCUCCCGUGUUCCGAGAUGGAGGAGGGGAAGGUGUAAAAGAGCUGGAUGGGGGCUGUGGGGACCGAGGGUCCCGGGAGACUGGCCAGGGACUCAGCAAGCGCCCGCUCUAGCAGGCCUUGCCCUCUGGGCUGUGGUUGGACAGCACUAGGCCUGCAGGGUGGGCUGCGAGGAGGAAGAGCAGCUCUGGACCCCGGGCCCCAGCAGGCAGCGAUGGGAGAAUUGACGAGUGCUCGCGGGGUCUCACACGGGAAAGGACCGGUUAACUGAGCAACUGGGAGCCUCGCUCCCGCCCCAGUGCCUGGAAACACAAACAGCAUUUUAUUGCGCCUUGGCUGCCGGGGCUCUGGUUUCAGGAAAAGCCUCAGUCUUGCAUUUGUGAAUUUUUAAGGAGGCAAACAAGGUGAAUUUAACCUUGCUAGGAGUGGGAGUUAGGGAACAUUCAGGCUGCCCCACCAAGCCCUUGGAACCGUGCAGCAGGGGUCAGGGGAGGGAUGGGCAAAGGCGGGUUGACCCAUGGAGCGGGUCUUCUGGUCCUCCGGGAGCAUGGAGGGUAGGGGGGAGCUCCAGCUCUUCAUCAAGCACCCUUUGGGGUUCCCGGCUGUUUUCUGUGGUUCCGUGUGUGUCUUUUCCCCUUUUGCCUGGCGGGAGGCUGGAGGGGAACAUGAGUUAACUCUUAUCUGCAUCACUGGGGUCUCAUGUCUGAAGGGCCUGUCUCACCUGCCACCUACCUGGCCUUGGCCUAGACAUCUGAGUGCCUCAUCACCUCCUCUCCACAAGCCCAGGGGUGCCCCUCCCAAGGCUGACUGGGCAGGUACCACGGGCCAGGCCCCAGGAAGCGCAGUGGGCUUCCCCCAGGAAAGACAGCAGAGCCAGCACUGCCUGCCUAGGGAGGGCACCCACUACCAGGCAUGGCUGGUGGCUCCGUUUAAAGAAAUCUUUGUCCAUGUGGGACUGGGAGGUGCUUCCCCAUCCUGCCUGGAAGCCACGUCCUGGCUCUUACCGUGGACUCUGCAGCAGCCAUGGUGGCCAAGUGAAGACGGGGGAGCCUGGUGACUCAGGGGACCCUGCUGUCACCACCUUCAAGGCAAUGGGACUGGACAGGGCAGCUCCUCAGGGAGGAUGAUCCCACCCUCACGGGUCAGCCCUGCAGGGGGACAAGGCCCACUACGACUCCACCUCAGGCCACCAACUGGACCUGUCCCACCAGGAAGGUCCCUUCCAAUCUGUCUGGCAGCUGGUUCCCUGGGUAGGCCCAGACAGGCAGCAUCAUCCUCAUGUUCGCCUCUGCUGUGCCCUACUUCCCCUGUAAAUGACAACUGUGUAGUCACCCACACCGGUCAAGGGGACACAGGUGCCACCUGGUGGGCCACCGUCUUCAGGGGCCCAGCUCUCUGUUGUCCCACAGCCCUCGGGGCUGGCGGUGCCUGCUCAGUGCCUAGGGAGUGCUCUUGCCACACAGCUGGGCAGUGGGCGUGACUCAGUGUUUACACCUCAAGCAGCCGCACAGGCUCCAGAGGGGAGCUUCUUUGGGGUCCUCGUUCAUGAGAGAGCAUCCUGUGUGCAGCCCUGUUCUGGCUUCGUCCUCAUCAUUCAUGCAUUCAUCCCACCAGGACCAUGGCACCGUGGGCUCGCUCCAGGGAAGCCAGGCGGGAGUGCACUGGGGCUACUUGGGUUCCCGGGGCAGACACAUGUGUGCCCUGCACACCCUCAAAUGAGCAAAUGAGCUGGCCCCUGGGUGAGGCCAUGUGGACCCCCACGGCUUUGGGGCCAGCUGGGCAAACCUUGAACCCCCAAUUUCUGCGUGGCCUUUGGCUGCCCUCCUUCUCCAAGGCGUGACUCUUACUCCAGAGACUCAGGUGAGCAAGUGUCCCUUACCUUAUUUUCUCUCCAUCAAACUGAAAUCCAUUGUGAUCCCCCAUAGCCCAGUGCAGUCUGUUGUUAUUAGGGGUGUCUCCCCCUUCCUCCCUGUGCCCAGGACAGGCCAUGAGCCAGAGGUACAAGGGAUCCCAGGCAAGAUGCAGGGCUGUCCGCUCCUGGUUCUUCAUCGUCAUGGGGACGCCCUUUGUCCAAACCCAAGGAAUCCCGGGACGUCUGGCUUUGCCGCUUUGGCUGGGACUCAGGUACCCGGGCACACCUGUGUCUGUCCCCUCCUCGUCCCAGUGAGGGGGACCCUCAGUAUCCCCCCCAACAUAGAACAGGAAGAUCUCAAGCCAGCCCCCUCCUCCAGUUCAAUUACUCUCCCUCACAUCCACCCAGAGAGGUCCAGACCUGUGGCCACUUCCAUGCCCUCUCCAGACUAGGAGACACCUGCUGCUGACCUCAUGGAAAACUUAGAUUUUGACAUUCUCAUGCUUCAGAAGUGAUGGCUCCUCCUUCUUUCCCCCUCUGCCACCUGCGGGCCUCCUCUCUGCAUCUCAGGAGAACAACCAGAUCUUUGGGCUCCUGGGGUAUGUGCCAUGCAGUUUAGACGAAGUGCUUUGAAAAUAUGCCAUUCAGUCUCUGACUAGGAAAAUAGGCCCGAUUUGACAGGUCCGAUGCCAUCAGCUCUUCAACAUGAGACAAAAGAGGGGAUUUUAUGUUUUGAGUGAUUGGAGAGAAUGAUAUAAUAAUUUUCUGAAUUGACAUCUGGAUGUUGAAAUUAGGAUGGUGCAAAAGGGGUACAGGGCCACAGGCUGGGUACAGCAGCCAGCUCCCCACGACGCAGAAGCUGCUUCAAAACCCCCUCAACAAAGAGGGGCACAUGCAAGUCAACAAAGUGGGAAGCCUUCGCCAAGGCCACACCCAAGGUCUACUGAUUGUCUGCCCAAAGUUCAUUGAUUCCUGGCCAUGAACAAACACAACAGAAAAAUACACUGAGGGUCCUAGUGGCUACAAGUCAAUGGUGAAUUGGCACAUGGUCUAGCAGUUUUUAAAUCUAACAGUAGAGGAUGGCAAUGGGCAAGGGCCAAGAAGUCCUUCUGAGAUGGGAGGUCUUGCUGUAUUCGGGCUCAGUGGAGGUCUGUGACCAGUGUCUGGACACUAGCUACAGGGGACCGGGCAGAGGAUUCUGGGCAGAAGGCAAAUGUCUAAAAGUACUUUGGAAGGGUAAAGGACGGGAGCCUUGUUUAAAAUAAAGACUGAAGGAUAAUAAAUAUCA